CUUAGGAAAUGACUGGCUAUGAAGAAGGGCUGGAAUUCCUUCCAGCCAUGAACACUAAAAAAGUGGAGAAGUCUGGACCAAAGAAGUAUAUUGUGAUUGCUAGUGUGGUUCUUGGUGCAUUACUGCUUUCCUUAAUGGUCGGGCUGCUGGUGUGGCACUUCAAUGUUCGGAAAGCAAACCAAAUCCAGAGGUUGUAUACUGGCACAAUGACAAUAACCAACUUGGAAUUCGUAGAUGCGUAUGAACGUUCAAAUUCAUCAGAGUUUAUUAGCCUUGCUUCAAAGGUCAUAGAUACGUUGCAGGCAGAGUAUAAGGGUAUUCCCAGAAUCGCGCCUUAUUAUGUGCAGUCUGAAGUCACUGCAUUCAGUGAAGGCAGUGUGGUGGCCUACUACAUCUCUGAAUUCAGGAUACCUCGUGAUGAAGAGGCACAAGUUGACAGUAUUAUAACUCAACAUACUAAUGUCAGAAAAAAGAAAACGAGGAGACCAGACUCACUGGACGUCGCAUCCAUCAUUGCUUUUCCUGCUGAUCCUAAGAUUGCCAGAGCACAAAGGAAUGGAACAUGCUACCAUGACAUGCAUGCUGUUGAAGGGAAGAUACUGACGUUCACUUCACCUGGUUUUCCUAAUUAUCCAUAUGAUCCCAGUACACACUGUCAGUGGGUACUCCGAGCUGACCAUAAUCAGGUCAUCAAGCUGACAUUCGUCACCUUUAGUUUACAUGAGAACUGCAAGAAUGACUUUGUCACUGUUCAUGACUCGUUGUCUUCUCUGGAGACAAAACUGCUAGUAGAAAAAUGUGGCACUUACCCUCCUAACCAGAAUAUAACUGUGAUGUCAUCCAAAAAUGUUUUGCUGGUGACGUUUGUUGGAGUUAAAGGCAAUUUUCCUGGCUUUAAAGCACAGAUGAUGCAGCUUCCAAAACAAAGCUGUGGAGGAACCAUCAUCGGUGAUGGCGGCAACUUCUCCUCUCCUAAUUUUCCAAAUCUUUACCCUCCUAUGAUUGACUGUACAUGGACUUUUAAAGUUUCACAGGGCAAUUAUGUCAAGGUCCGUUUCAAUAUAUUUCUACUUGAAGAAACCAACUCACUGACUGGGUGCAAAAAAGAUUAUGUAGAAGUGAAUGGUGAAAGGUACUGUGGAGAAAAGCUAACCUUUGUUGUGACAAGUAGUUCCCAGGAAAUCACAGUACGGUUCCACUCUGAUGACUCGUAUGUGAGUCGUGGCUUCUCCGCAGAGUAUCUCAGUUAUGCACCCAGUGACCCUUGCCCAGAUAAAUUCACUUGCAAAAGUGGCCGCUGUAUUGCAAAUUCACUACAGUGUGAUGGAUGGACUGAUUGCGCAGAUGGCAGUGACGAGCUUGGAUGCACAUGUAAAAGUGAGCAGUUCCAGUGCAAAAAUGGUCGCUGCAAACCAAAGUUCUGGGUAUGUGAUGGAGCCAAUGAUUGUGGUGAUAACAGUGAUGAGCUCAUUUGCGCCUGUGCCAAUGGAGAGUUUAAAUGCAACAGUGGGACAUGCAUUCCUGAGGCAAAGAAGUGCAAUGGCAAGGAUGACUGUGGUGAUGGCAGUGAUGAAGUCAACUGUGAAAACGGUCAGAUUGUGACUUGUACAGUGAAUACCUACAAGUGUACUGAUGGGAAAUGCAUCAGCAAAAGAAAUCCAGAGUGUGAUGGGGUGAAUGACUGCCAAGAUAGGUCUGAUGAAUCAAACUGUGAUUGUGGGACACGUCCUUACAAACAGUCUCGAAUUGUAGGAGGGCAGAAUGCAGAAGUGGGUGAAUGGCCUUGGCAAGUCAGUUUGCACGUUAUAGGCUCUGGGCACACCUGUGGUGCUUCUGUGAUCUCCAACGUGUGGCUUGUUUGUGCUUCGCAUUGUUUCCAAGAUGAGCCUAAUUUCAGGUACUCUGAUCCAAAAAACUGGAUUGCAUACUUGGGUCUCCAUAAUCAGAACUCACCAGGUUCAUUGACAAGAAAGCAUGACAUAGAUCGCAUCAUUACACAUGAAAACUACAAUCCAGACACCUUCGACUUUGACAUUGCGCUGUUGAAACUUAAAUUACCAGUUGAAUUUAACAACGUCAUUCGUCCUAUCUGUCUUCCAGAUGCUUCUCAUAUCUUUCUUGCUGGACAGACCGCCUGGGUGACAGGAUGGGGUGCACUGAAAGAGGGAGGUGCAGGAGCUACCAUCCUACAGAAGGCAGAGGUUCGAAUUAUUAAUGACACAGUAUGCAACUCUCUCAUGCCUAAUCAGUUAACUUCUCGGAUGAUGUGUGCAGGAUUCAUCACUGGAGGGAUAGAUGCUUGUCAAGGAGAUUCUGGUGGACCACUCUCCAGUUUAGAAAAUAAUAAUCUGAUGUUCCUAGCUGGAGUGGUGAGCUGGGGUGAUGGUUGUGCCCGACGAAAUAAACCUGGAAUUUACACUAGAGUUACAAAACUCAGGCAGUGGAUCAAAGAUAAAACUGGAGGAGUGUAAUUCAGACUGGAAUCAGGAGGCUGCAAUAAUCUGAUUGUAUCUGUCUGUCUUAUGCAAUAUUUUCAAUAAUUAACCUUUUUCCAGUGCGUUUCCCUAGGUUAAAUUGUAAACUUUUUAUUCAUGUGAACAUUUUAACUUGCUCAUACUAGAAACUUUUAAAUCAGUGGUCACUUGCAUACUGCUUAGCUGGGAGCACUGUAUAUCCUUCAUUUUUAUGAACAGCCUAAAAAUUGAUUUUCUGUUUGAUUAUGUUUUGUUUUUAACAUUUUUGAAAACGUGGGUGAGCCUAAAUAGAAAUGGGGACUUGAAAAUUAUUUUCCAGGCAAAAUGAAGACAUGUAACAUGGAAAAUUAGGUCAUAUAUUUUGCAAUGUCACUUUCACUCCUGAUUUUUUGACAGAUUUGAUUCUGCUUGAAUUUCAUCCUUAGUUACUAACCUGUUUCCAAAGGCAUGAUCUCAGAAGCUGUUCCUUUUAACUUGCUUUUUUAAUUGCAUCAUUACCUGGAACUUGGGUGGAGUUAAACUGCUCAGAGACUUUUUGUAUCAGAGACUUUUUUAUUUGAGUUUUUACAAGAAAUUCCGGCCUGAUUUUAUAAUGCACUGUAUUUGUAAGCUAAAAAUUUGGUUUCAGGAUCUGUAGACUUUGGAAAAUCAUAUGUCAGGAUAUGAGGUAUCAGGUUUUUGUAAGUGAAAAAAAAAUCUUGCUGCAUUUUGCAGUCUGUUUACAGGUUUGCACUUGUACAAUAAAUUAUUCUUUUUUGGUAAAA